AAAGAGACACAAACAUAUUCUUUCUUUAUAAAAAUAAAAAAUAAAUUUUGAUGAUACUCAUCUCUUUCUUCUGUUUCUCUCUAGAAAUGGUGAUAAAGUCAUCUUACCAUAUCUCUCUUUAACCCCAAAACCAAAAAUGAUAAAAAUUUUAUAGAUAGUCCCUCUCUGUCCCUACUCGCCGACUACCAUAAGAAGAAGAUUUAUCAUUUUUAUCAUUUAUCCCCCACACACAAAAGCAUAGAGAGAGAGAGAGAGGGAUAUUUAGAUCCACAGAAACAAAGGGUGUGUGUUUGUGUUUGUGUUUGUGUCUGUGUCUGUGGGUGCGUCUUUGGCUUGGUAUGAUGGAUAAAAGCUGUCAAUCCUCUGCAGACUCUACAACAACAACAACAAGUAGUAGCAGUACUACAACUAAUACUAAUACAAACCAAUACCUCAAACACCUGAACAAGCUUUCUCACAAGAUCUCCAAACCCAUCAUCAAAAAACCCCCUUUUGAUCAAACCCCAAAUCAAAACCUUAAUCCAAUUCCCAAUCCUAAUCCAAAUCCCCAACAAUCACAGCCACCACAGAUUCAACAACAACAGCAGCAACAACAACAAGCGCAGCAACAACAACAGCAGCAGCAGCAGCAGCAGCAGCAACAGCAACAGCAACAGCAACAACAGCAGCAUCAACCACCAGUCUACAAUAUCAACAAGAACGACUUCAGGGACGUGGUUCAGAAACUCACGGGCUCACCGGCACACGAACGCUUCUCAACUCCGCCGCCUAUUCAUGCGCCGAAGCCACCGAGCUCUCGCCUCCAGCGUAUUCGACCUCCGCCCCUGGCGCAACUUAGCAAUCGCCCACCUCCUUUGCUAAACAACGUUGCCUCCGCUGCUGUGGUCCCCAUUCCCAACAACAACAACAACGGCGUUACGAAUUCCGGCGUCCACGUCAGCCUCCACCACCACCACCACAACAACAACAACUACGGACGCCCAGCAACGCCGUUAUCGCCUCUGCCGCCAUUCCCGACGGUGCACGCGACGGCGGAAUCGCCCAUCUCGGCCUACAUGCGGUACCUACAGAACCCAAUCCCCGGCGUCGAUUCGAACCCUAAGCAAUUCUCGGGAUUCUCACCCUUAGCACCUCGAUUCUCGCCACGCUGGAACACCGUAACUCCGCCGCAACCGCAGCUUCAGCAUCAGUUUCCACCGCCGCCGCCGCAGCCGCAGCAACAUCAGGGGAUGCUUCCUCCUCCGCCUCCGGCGACGAUGGCUUCACAGUCACAGUCACAGUUUCUGAUGCCAACUUCACCGCUUCCAUUCGGAUGCUUGAAUUCACCGAGGUCACCGUACCCUUUGCUCUCCCCAAGUCUGCUCUUUUCGCCUUCAUCUGGCCAAUUAGGGUUUCCACAGCUUCCUCUUUCGCCUACAGUGCCAUUACCAAGCCCUAGAUGGAGAGCUCUCUGACUCAGGGCCUUGUAGCCAAUUGGCACUUCCUGAAAUCAACAAAGACGAUGUCCAGUUCGAAACUUCGAAUCAAGUACCCCCUCCCCCAACUAUCGAAAAAGUAAAAUAAAAACCUAUGUUGUGUU